AUGAGCAGUGAACCAGGCGUUCUUGGUCUUCUUCACUACAUUCUCGGUGGUCUUAUACGCUCCCCAAACCUCUCGUCUCCUCCUGCCCAGCGCGGCGGUCAGAGCGUUUAUCAUGUUCAUUUCCCGACCCAGGUAAACCUAGCUGGUGCAUUCGGAUAUGUUCGUUCCGUUGAGCGUGAUUGGGGCAUCCGAGACCCAUCCGUUGCGCAUGAACACCGUCUUUUGCACAUUCAGCUGAAGACCGAUACAUCCACAUGUUUCGUCGAAUUCUGUCAGCAUUCGUUCCGCUUGGCUGAUGCUAGAUCUUAUCAGCGAAACGAAGAUAGUGUAAAUGCCGGCCGGCAACUUUCACUCCCAUGUCAUCCCAUUAAAAUCUUCGCAUCGAUUUCUCAAGAGUGGCAAUGA